GGGAUAUCUCAGACGCCUCCUCCCAUCAUGGCCUCGUGUAACAUCUGCAUCGACGACUUGAAGACACCCAUUUCUCUUCCAUGCGGGCAUAUUUUUUGCAGUGAAUGCAUUUUCAAAACAGUGCGGGCUGUAAAACCGCCCACUCAGUUUCAUCCCUGCCCGGUCUGCCGCUCGUUAUAUUCUGUUGCUCCAAUCAGCCCAGCUCUCAUCCCACAGCAACUCCGGCUUCACAUAAAUCCUAGCAUCCGCAGACUCUUCAUCGAUUCUGCCAAAGGCGAAUCAUCUAACUCAAUGACUAACACAAGCUCUAAUCCUGAGGAUGAGCUUGCACGCCUCAGAGCGGAAAACCGCAACCUACGCACGCAAUGCGUGAUGUGGCGUCGACGCGCAGAGCUACAUGGCGCAGCCACCCUCGGCCUCCUUGACUUUGCCCGAAUACUUCGGGAUAAGGCCUCAAGCCUUUCCCGAGAGCGAGAUGAACUCGAAUCCCGGUGUUACGCACUAAAGCGUCAACUAGACGAGGAAGAUUAUGUGCCGGAGGCCCGAGCACCUUCCCCACCAACUCACCGCAAUGAGGAUUUCCGCGCAUCGGAUGCGGCCGUUGCUGCGCUAUUGGAAUUAUCGUCUUAUGCAUCGAAUCCUGGCCUUAUUCCUAUUGGUGAAUCUGUUCCUUUGUCUUCGCCUACGUCCAAGAAGCGGCCCUCUGUGUCCGCUCCGGAAGUUGAUGGCGGCCGCGAAGGCAAUACUUUACCUCUUCAAAAACGUCGAAGGAGAAGCGACCAAUUCGGAACCGAUUCCGACCCUCCACCUCCACAAUAG